AUGUACCCAGUGUGGCCGGUCAUUGACAGCGAUAAGCUGAGUUGCGCCAUCAGUGCAGAUGAAAAUGACCACGAAGCAUUUGCGCUAGCUUUCGCAGUAUGUGCUGGAACGGGUGCACAGCUGCAACUAAAGUCGACCCUGCAAGAAUGGGACGCAUUCAAUCUCCCAGGGGAAACGAGUCCAAUCACCCUAGCGGACAGAUUUGCAGCCGAGGCUGAAAAAUGUCGGUCCAGAUAUGACUACCGCGAAAGCUCAACUACCGAGUCUAUUUUGAUUCCUCUAUUUCUUCAUUUCUACUACGGAGCAAAGGAGAAGAGGCUGACGGCUUCCUUCUUAUUACGAGAAUCUGUGUCGCUGUGCCAGAUACAUGCCUUGGAUAAAGAAGAAACCUAUCAAAAUUUAGACUUUUCAGAGGAAAGCUACAGACGACGUACAUUCUGGCUUUUAUAUGUGACUGAGAGGGGCCACGCAAUGCAACAUGGAACACCGAUAUGUCUCACGAAAUCCAUUUCCCUCCCCUCAAAUGAAACUCAAGAUUCGCAGCUGUUGGAGGCUUUUCACAGUUUGGUUGAACUAUUUGCCUCUGUUGAUGGCGUACUAGUGGAUUCUGAAGCGGCUUCUGGGAAGCAUAAUCAUCGAUGCAGUCGAGAAAGACUUGUUCGAAUACAGCAUGAACUACGACGAAACGAUCAAUGGCCCAUGGAGUGGAAUGAAACCCAAAGGAGUGAUGUUUCAGUUACGCAACAAUGGUUGAGAAUGCUUGUUUGGCAACUUUCUCUCAGCAAUGUCACGAUGUCAAGCGAGCCAGGAGAUGAUAGCAUGUCAUUUGCUUACCCAGCUCAUGUAUCAAGAGAUGCACUACGCUCCAUAUCAACAGUUUCUUUCGAUGCAUUGGUUGCACAUGGCCCGGGGAUGGUAAGUAUCAGCAACAACCAAAUUCUAGUGCGUUUGUUGGGUGGUAACUAA